CGGCGGGCCCCGACCUCAAGCGAUACAUGGACAAGAGGCUGAGCCUCAAGCUCAACGGCAACCGCAAGGUGUCGGGCGUGCUGCGUGGCUUCGAUCAGUUCAUGAACGUGACACUGGACGAGACGGUCGAGGAGGUUUCGGCCACUGAGUCCAACCGCAUCGGCAUGGUGGUGAUUCGAGGCAACAGCAUCGUGCAGUUCGAGUGUCUCGAGCGGAUUUAAACUUGUAACUUCAUUCCACAGUGGCUGAGCCCACAAGGAGCAAGCUGAUGGUAGUAGAUUUCGUUUUGACCUCCUGAAA